CACAAGUACAACAAUUAUCUGGACAGCUACUCCAUAUAAACGCACCCAAUGCAUUAAUCAUCCUCUUCGGAUCUCGAGCACCGAUUCUCCUGUUGCAAUUCUAUAGAGACCGUCAUUAAGAAACUAUCCCAUCCUCGCCAUUCCUCCAUUUCAACCUUCAAAUCUACCAAGCCACCGGCACCACCUUUUUGUCACCUUGACCCGGUCGAUACCACAACCACUGCUCAUCAAAGGCGACCAAAAAUGUCGGAAUCCCAUAAUCCUCCACUGACCUACGAACCCUCCGCUUCCACACAUCCUAUCCGCUCCUCGACCCUCCCUCCCGAAGUCUCGCAAUGCCUUAAGAAUGCACGCUUCCUGCAUCUAGGAACCAUAUCCUUUGAUCCAGUCUCCUCCCAACCAACACCACACGUCAGUCUCAUGAACUACACCUUCCUCCCCAACUAUCUCGACCACGGCCCUGUAAUCAUAAUGACCACAUCUGCCCAGUCUAUCAAAACGCGCAACCUGACUUCGAACCCGAAAGUCUCCCUACUAGUACACGACUGGGUUAGUCACCGCCCACCAACCGCCUCCUCAGUCUCUGCGACAAGCGACCGCUCAGGCUCACCACCUGCAGCAGCGACUCGGUCCAGCCUGGCCAGUCUACUUCUCAACCUGAACACAUCAGCUCUAAGUUCCAUAUCGACAACUAUCACUGGUGAAGCUCGGUUUCUCGAACAAGGGAGCGACGAGGAGAAGUGGUGCAAGGAGACGCAUCUCGCGAACAAUACGUUCGGCGACCAGGCGAGGGAAGAGAUUGGCCUAUUUGGCGCACAGCAACAGUCGAAUGCGAACCCGGACGAGCCUGGUAGUUGUUACAUGGGGGCGGACGAUGUGAGGGUUGUCAUCGUGCCGAUUCGGGAGGGACGCAUAGCAGACUGGAAGGGCAGUGUUAAGGAUUGGGUCCUGGUCAACGAGGAUGCGCCAUCGAUAGGUGAAGAUGUCAGUACGAGAGGGCGAAGUAAUGGGCUGCCCUUGGUCAACGGAAUCAUGGAUUGAUGUCGUCGGCUUGGUCUUAACUGCAACUUCCGCCCAGAGCGGACGCCCAAAAAUCGACGCCGAGCCCAAACCACAUAUGCAGAGUGGAACACAUAUCGUGUGGCACUCUCACCGAUCUCAGGGCCAUCAGGUCUUCGGCCUACCUUCAGGACUGAAUAUUUCGAACUAUUGCGGAUUGCCACUUUCGUCAGAAUUCUAGGGAAGCACCAAUACCGAGCGACGGACGCCAAAAUGGAGUCAGAUUGCGCGCCACAGAUCUACCAAGGCGUGAUAUUUGCAGCUUAUUUCCCAUCAUUAGCCUAUUCUGGCCAUGUACUCACGCUCUAAAUCCGAGCCUCAAAAAACGCCUUUCAUCAAUACCUCUUGCUUUUCCAAAACGAGGCUAUAACUCAAAACAAUGCUAAAAUCAGAACCUGCUCGGACAGAAAUGGGAAUGAAAUCAGGCAAGGCGAGGACAGGGUAUGUACAUCAGAGGAGUCGGCGGGUGGAGGAGAAGGGCCUGGAUUUAGCGACAGGCGAGAGAUGAGAACCGGCAGUGGCAUUUCCUCACAUGACGGUACAUUUCGAGUCGUCUUUCGACUUGGCCGGCUUAACCUGGAGAGCGACUCUCGCAGCUUCUGUAAAAGCUUCAUUGACUCCGCGAUUUCGCAUUGCUGAGCACUCUACACCACAGUUAGCUUGAUCCUAGCAAAACUUGUAAACAAACAAGUCGAAUCAUGGCC